AGAAAGUAGAUUUGAAUUCAUGAAUCACAGAUAACAUGGCGAUGAAGCAAGAAAUUGAUUGUUGGACGUCUCUCUCAAGUGCAGAUGGAGAAGGAGAGGGAACUCUUCAGUCAUCACAUGAACGUGAUGAAGGAAACAUCUGCAUCAAGGAGGAAGGAGAAGUUGAGAAGAAGACGUGUCUUUCCAUUCCAAGUUCAGAUCGUUUGAUAUAUGAGGGUCAGCCUGUAACUGAAGACGGUGUGGUCUUCACCACCAAGCAAGAAGGACAAGACCCAUCGACCAAACAAGAAAUGAUCUAUGCCACCAUAAAGCAAGAAGAUGAAGAAGAGAUAUUUGAACCUAUUACAACUCAAGGUGAAGGAGGAGGAGAAACUGAGCAAUCAAUUCCUGAAGAUAAAGAGUUGGACAAUGGAAAGGACAAGAUACACCCACAUAUAACAGGAUGCAGUGGAGAGAAGUCCCAUCUUUGUAUACAUUGCAGUAAGGCAUUUACUGAUGAGAACACUCUGAUACUACAUCAGAAAACACACCAGGGCGAGUAUGAGCAUACUCACCACCUUAGAUCACGAACAGGAGAGAAACCUUUCAAGUGUUCCCACUGUGAUAAGGGUUUUAUUCAUAUUAGUAAACUAAGUGGCCAUUUACUAACACACAGUGGAGAAAAGCCUUUCAAGUGUUCUCAGUGUGAUAAGAGAUUUUGUCAUAGAGUUUCCCUGACCUGUCAUUUAAGAACACACCAUGGUGAAAAGCCUUAUAAAUGUUCCCAAUGUGAUGAGGUAUUUUGUUACCAAAGUAAUCUUACUACCCAUUCAAGAACGCAUAGUGUAGAAAAGCUGUAUCGGUGUCCCGAUUGUGAUAAAGGAUUUUCUCAAAAGUCUAGUCUUUCUAGCCACCUUAGAGUACAUACAGGACAGAAACCUUUUAAAUGUUCUCAUUGUGGUAGGGGUUUUUCUCACCAAAGUAAUCUUACCUGUCAUGUAAGAAUGCAUAUAGGAGAAAAGCCUCAUCUUUGUCCUUAUUGUGAUAAAGGAUUUUCUCAGAAGACUAAGCUUACUAUCCACCUUAGAACACAUACAGGAGAGAAACCCUUUAAGUGUUCUCAUUGUGAUAAGGGUUUUUCUCAUCAAUGGAAUCUUAUCCGUCAUGUCAGGAAGCAUACAGGAGAAAUGCCUUAUCAGUGUCCUUAUUGUGAGAAAGGAUUUUCUCAAAAGUCUAGUCUUUCUAGCCACCUUAGAGUACAUACAGGAGAGAAACCCUUUAAGUGUUCCCAGUGUGAUAAGGGAUUUUCUCAAAAGACUAUGCUUACUAUCCACUUGAGAACACAUACAGGAGAGAAACCCUUUAAGUGUUCCCAGUGUAAAAAGGGUUUUUCUCACCAAUGUAAUCUUAUCCGUCAUGUAAGGACGCAUACAGGAGAAAUGCCUUAUCAGUGUUCCCAUUUUGAUGAGGUAUUUUGUUACCAAAGUAAUCUUACUACCCAUUCUAGAACGCACAGUGUAGAAAAGCUGUAUCGGUGUCCCAAUUGUGAUAAAGGAUUUUCUCAAAAGUCUAGUCUUUCUAGCCACCUUAGAGUACAUACAGGAGAGAAACCUUUUAAGUGUUCUCAUUGUGCUAAGGGUUUUUCUCACCGAAGUAAUCUUACCUGUCAUGUAAGAAUGCAUACAGGAGAAAAGCCUCAUCAGUGUUUUUAUUGCAAUAAAGGAUUUUCUCAAAAUACUAAGCUUACUAUCCACCUUAGAACACAUACAGGAGAGAAACCCUUUAAGUGUUCUCAUUGUGAUAAGGGUUUUUCUCAUCAAUGGAAUCUUAUCCGUCAUCACUGGCCUGAUGUACAACAUUAUGUAGAUAGUAGCAAGAUCCUGGGUGGUAACACCAUUCCUCCGAAGCUUAGUCAGGAGAUAAAGUCUUCUGGAAGCGUUAGAGAUCAAACGGCUGUCCUGCCCAUCCCAUUUGAGAUCAUCCUGAAGGAAGACCCCUAG